UCCGCGCCCUCGUCACAUUCGCGCCCUCGCGUUCGCACGGGGGCGGCAAGCAGCCGAUGCGCCAGUCGUCGGUCAUGGGCGAGGCGCCGCGCUCCGUCAGCCCCCCCGCGGCGGGUGCGCCGAUGCUGCCUCCGGCGAGGGACUCCGCCGAGGUGCGCAUCAGUGUGCCGCCGGAGAGCCCCGCGGCUCGCGCCCGGCUCACCGAGCUGGCGGGCGGCUUUGGCGGCGACGGCGGCGAGGCGCUCGAGCGGAGCUCCCUGGAUGCGGUGGAGGAGAGCCCCGAGGAAGACUUUGGGGAGGACGUGUCGGGCGAGUCGGAGCUCGUCGCCCCCGAGGUGGAGGGCGAGGGCGACCGGCCGCGCGAGCGGGCGCGCAUCGCCUUCACGCGCGAGGAGCGCGCGUGGCUCAUGCGGCAAGUCAAGCUGCUGCGGUACGUGCACCGCCGCUUCAUCCCGUACCUCGCCGACAUCGCCGUCGAGGCGCGCGUCAGCGCGGGCGAGAUCGUGUGCGAGCAGGGCCAGCCCACCACGCCGGGGCUCAUCAUCGUCGCGUGCGGCAAGCUCGAGCUCUGGCGCAAGCCGCUCCGGGGCGGCGACCCGGUGCUGCUGCGCGAGCUGACGGCGGGAGACUCGCUGGGCAAUACCGGACUGAUCGCGGACGUGCACUGGGAGUACACCGCCGUCGGCAAGGAGGACGCUUGGACGCUCACCAUCCACCGCGACGACCUCGCCAACCUGCUGCGCGGCCGCGCCGAGCUCUCGCUCUCCGUGCUCAAGGGCUUCUACAAGACCUUUGUGCGUCGGCUGCGGCAGGUGCUCGAGCAAGAAGGUGGGAUUACUGACUCGUGGCUGCUGGCCGCCGACGUCGACAAGAGCCCCAUCAAGUCGGAUCGCCACAGGCGCGACCCCUUCCUUGGCAUGGCGCCGCCAAAGGAGUUGUCCGCCUCGGAGUCCGCCGUGGCCCUGCCCCUCAUCCCGCAGUAGCUUGCUGCGCCGCAAUUUUGAGACGGGUCGGCUCAGGCCUGCGGCUCGCUUCUAUCGUGUGUCAAAUAGCGUGUUCCAUUUAUCGGGGAGAUAAUGAGCAGAUGGGGGAGGAGGGUGAUCGUAAUUUAAGCGAAACAUUUUGGUGUGAUC